UUAAUUUGUAUUAUUAUUAUUGUUAAGGUGGCAAUCUGACAGAAUCCUUAGCACGCCAGACAAAAUUCUGAGCAGCAAUUCGUCCGGCUUUUACGUUCUGAGUUCACAUUUUGCCGGGGUCAACUUUACCUUUCAUCUUUUCAGGGUCGAUAAAAGAACCAGGCGAGCACUGGGGUUGAUAUAUACGACUAAGCCACCCCCACCAAAUUUCAGGUGAAGAAAAGCGUCAGACCACUGCUGUGCAGUAUAGUUUCCGUGUUUUCACCUCCAGGCACAUUUAACCAUGACCCCUGAUGACGAAUGAACCUUAAAUUACUACCCGAAUCUUUGGAUCUUCUUGCGCUCUAAACACCCACCUUCUGUCCACAGUAAAAGAAUGAAGUUUACAUUUCCAAUUAUUUUUUUUAUAUCAAUACCCAGUAUUUUUGGUGUAUUUGGGGUUUGUCAGACUUAACCAUUUGUCUAUGUAGCACGUGACUGCGAAUAACAAAAUAUUCUACACUCCUGUUGUUUUGUUUGAUCUGAAGGUCUUCUACUCGAAGAACCGAUCCAAAAGGAGAACAAAGUCGCAGAAAGAGCGGCCCAUUUCGCUUAUAUGUUAAACGCUUGCGACCUUCAGUCGGUUACAGUGGAGACAUUCAUUCUAAAGCAACAUGAUCCCAUUAAUAUUAUUUUCCAACUCUCGGAAUUUCUCAAGAAGAACAUGACAGCAAUUAUCUCGAAGAUUUCGUGCAGCACGUUCCAUUUGCUGAAUUCACAGCCAAAGGCUUGUAAUUUGUUGCACUUCACCAUUAUCCCACCGUUCUGUGGUGAAACAUCUCUAAGUUCUAAUAACUGUAACGUCUUCAGUCUUCGAGAGAGAGGAGAAUAUCUACAAACAGCCAUCAUUGACUUGUUAGUGGAGCUGAACUUCAAGAAGCUGACUAUAUUGGUUGAUGAAUCCAGCUCAGAAACAGCCAGUGACCCUCUGUUCCAGAAAAUAUCAGACAACUACAUUAGAAUAAGGCCUUAUAAAGCGGACGACGACCUUAGUGAGAUUUUCUUAUCAGAAACGAAGACAUUUGAACACAGUUAUUAUCUCCUCUUGAUGAAACCGUCGCUUGUUAGACAUGUUUUCAAUGUGGCCUCCAAGUUCAAUAUCCAUUCAAGUAAGAUGUACUGGAUCAUCGUGUCUUCCGAUGGUACUGUAGAUUCCAUGUUUGCGAACGGAACUCUCGCGGCCAUUGGGCGAAACGUUUUAAUUAUUCGCAAAUCGUGGAAUCGCGCUCAAAAUACUAGUUGCAGCUACAAAAUAAGCGUGAAACCUCAGAUGACGUUAAUAGAUGCAUACAUUGCUGAUGCCGUCAUACUGCUUGCCAAUACAAUAGCGGAGCUUAUGAGGAAAGACAGAAUAACAGCCGACACCGGCAAGGAAAACUUUACUGAACAUGUCAAGGCUGACAUUUUGCAGAAACAUUCUUCCGGAAUUUUCGUUUCGGCAUCUUUCGACGAUGACGGAUUCAGCGCUAACUCUGCUUACAACAUGUUCAGUAUGAUACAAGAUGACAACAACGGGCGUGUACUCGAGAAAAAAGUGGCUACGUGGAACCGAGUGAAUGACCUCACCAUUCUAAGUAACUUAUUUCCUUUAGAACCAUCAGGAUUUGGCAAUGUUACGUUCCGAGUCGGAGUUCUUUUGACGGAGCCGUACACUAUGAUUAAAGAUAGCAAAUAUGAGGGCCUGUGUAUUGACAUCUUACGAGAAUUGAGCGAGAGUCUUCAGUUUAGAUACGAACUAAUUGACACCAGUAAUUUAGCUUCCGGUAAUAAACAACCCAACGGAAGUUGGAAUGGUUUGAUUGGAGAGGUCAUGCGGCAUGAGCUGAAUCUUUCCAUCGGACCGUUCACCCUGACUGAAGAACGUGAAGAGGCCGUAGCGUUUACGGUGCCAUUUGCCGUCGAGAAGCGCAGUAUUCUGGUGAGAAGUGCUGCAGCUUCAGAAGAGAGUGCAUUUCGUAUGUUGCGACCUUUUCAACCCCUGCUGUGGCUUGCACUGGCUGGAGUUAUUGUGUUGGUUAGUUUCACCUUGACCUUCAUCAACUGGUUGAGACCAGACGAUUCUUCUCUCGAUGACGGAUGCAACAAGGACGACUAUAAAAUCGCUUCAACAUUUUGGAUGCUUUUCACUUACCACAUGCAACAAGUUGUGAUCAACGAACCAAGAACGGUUACAGCUCGUUUCCUUGUCGGUUUCUGGUGGAUGUUUAUAAUUCUGAUGAUCAACUACUACACGGCCACUCUCGCCUCAACGCUCACCAUCACCGUCAAUGUGGCACCCAUACAGAGCUUGUUACAACUCUCUCAGCCAGACUGUGAAUACAAACCCAUAGCCAUUUACGAUUCCAGCACUUAUGGAACCUUCUUA